AUGGACCCCUUAAUGCCCGGGCACCACCCCUCCAUUACACGGAAUCCAAGAUUCCCACCCAACAACCCGCAAACCCGUCCCAUAGCACCCCCAUUCCGCAGAUUCACCAGCUAUCAUCAAACCCACCUCCCAGGCCCCGACAACCCCCUGAACCCGCUCGAAUCAGCCCCCGAGCACCCCGACCCCGAAGUAAUCCCCCGAUACUGGGAGCACCGCUGCCCCAACGCCGGCUCAGCCCGGCAAUGGUACCACAUGCAGGCCGCCACCACUACCAUAGUCCCAAACCCUGGGAUCAGCCUCCAGCCACAGCUGCACUUGAUCCCCGAAGGCACCCCCUGCAACCUGCACUGCGGACACCGCGCGCACCGCAACACCGAGCUGCUCAACCACCGGCUGCGGCCCGUCGCGCUGCUGGGCGGGUACAACUUAAUCCAGGCACGGUUGGAAAGGUGGUGGAUGCGGUGCUCGCUGUGCGGCAACACGUGGCGGAACUAUUUGGAACAUCAUCCCUUCCUUGCCACUGCUGCCGCCACGGCGCUGGCGCAGAAUCGCAAGACGAGGUUUGGGAAGGAACCGGGAGGGAUGCAGGGAUUUGGGGGGCUGGAGACGAUAUAUGAAGAGCCUGAGCUUGAGGAUCUGGAAGCUGAGAUGUGGUCUGGGACUAAAACCGGGUUCCAAAGGGGGAGUGCGAACUUGGAAAGGGGGGAUGAGAACUUGGGAAGGGGGACUGCCAAUAAAAACUUCAUGUUGGCAGGCAGGGGGGGAAACACGAGUGUGGACGGGCAUCCUCAGACUCCGAGUUUGAGCCAGGAGAGGAGAGGCGUGACUCAUAGUGCCUUUGUCAAAGCGCCGAGGAGGACGGGACCUAGGCCGGUAGCAACGGAAUGUGCGUCGUGCGGUGUGAGGUUUUCAGAGUUUGCCAGGCCCAUUAAUCGGUUUGGAGAGGAGGUUGACGACGUAGCUGGACGGAAUGAAAAGUAUCAUGCUAGUGCAAGAUGGGAAAAUGAGUCAACGGGUCCCCUCUCAGGCUGA